AGGCGCAAAAGCACUCUCACGAGGGCAGCGACAGACUGCCGAAACCUGCAAAACUCCGGCAGACUUCUCCCUCCCCCACGGCCCCGGCCAGCGCAGCGGGAGCGGAGCCGGGGAGGCGCGUGCGCAAGAGCGAGACCCACCCCCUGGCGAUGGGCGGGGCUGUGACGUCAGGUGCGCGCGUGGCUCCGGCUGCGCAGGAACAGCUGGUGGCUCGGAAGGCGGCCGGCAAGCGAACGCGCUUGGACUGUAGGCGACCGCCGCGCGGGGCUGCGGGAGCCGCCGCCCCCUCGCGCCGCCGCACCAUGUCCGGCCAGCUGGAGCGUUGCGAGCGCGAGUGGCACGAGCUGGAAGGAGAAUUUCAGGAACUGCAGGAAACUCACAGGGUCUACAGGCAGAAGCUGGAGGAGCUGACUGCACUCCAGACUCUGUGUAGCAGCUGCAUCAACAAGCAGAAGACACGACUAAAAGACUUGAAGCACACACUCCAGAGGUACAAGCGCCAUGCCAGCCGGGAGGAAGCAGAGCUUGUUCAGCAGAUGGGUGCCAACAUCAAGGAGAGGCAGAACAUCUUCUUUGACAUGGAGGCCUACCUGCCCAAGAAGAACGGGCUCUACUUAAAUCUGGUCCUCGGCAACGUGAAUGUGACCCUUCUCAGCAACCAGGCCAAAUUUGCCUACAAGGAUGAGUAUGAGAAGUUUAAACUCUACCUGACCAUCAUCCUGCUCCUGGGUGCUGUGGCGUGUCGAUUUGUCCUUCAUUACAGGGUGACAGAUGAAGUCUUCAACUUCCUGCUGGUAUGGUAUUACUGCACCCUGACAAUUCGGGAGAGCAUUCUCAUCAGCAAUGGCUCAAGAAUUAAAGGCUGGUGGGUUUCUCACCACUACGUGUCCACGUUCCUUUCUGGAGUGAUGCUGACCUGGCCCAAUGGACUAAUUUACCAGAAGUUUCGUGAUCAGUUUUUAGCAUUUUCCAUAUUUCAGAGCUGUGUCCAGUUCCUGCAGUAUUAUUACCAGAGGGGCUGCCUUUACCGGCUGCGGGCCCUGGGGGAGAGGAAUCAUCUGGACCUCACGGUGGAAGGAUUCCAGUCCUGGAUGUGGCGGGGCCUCACCUUCCUCCUGCCUUUCCUGUUCUGUGGCCACUUCUGGCAGCUCUACAAUGCUCUCACGUUGUUUGAGCUUUCCAGCCAUGAGGAAUGCAGAGAAUGGCAGGUGUUCGUGCUGGCGCUCACAUUCCUCGUCCUCUUCCUCGGCAAUUUCCUGACCACACUCAAAGUCGUGCACACCAAACUCCAGAAGAACAGAAACAAGGCGAAGAAGCCGUGAGCCCUGGGACUCGUGCACCCCUCGAGCCCUUGAGACUGCAGGGGAAUUCCAGCCAGCACCUUUGCUGCCUGUUUCCUCCCAACACCUCGGGUCAGAGGCCAGUGAGAGCAGCCACCUCAGGGCCCAGGGGCAUCGCUGGGACCUGUUGGACAAAAGGAAUGUGACCCCAGACUGUCCUUGCAGUGUUAGCUUGCCCCAGCCUCCCUAUUUAUGACAAUAUUUAAUAUGGGGUCCUCUGGACUUCCCUAGCACCCUGCCUUCCCCCUGUGCCCUCUCGGCCAAGACUGGGUUAGUCUUCCUGGUGGGUGGGCCUAAAGCCUCAGGGAGCCCCUCUCUGCCUGCUUCUGUCAUUUGAGCCCCUCUGGUUGGGGCUUGGAUGUGCUUCACUGGGAUUGGAGUUAUGCUGACCUGCUACUUACUGAGACCUAGGUGGGGGUGGAAGGAAAUCCCUCAGCAUCCUGUGGAGCCUCUUUCCCCAGCCCACCUUCUGCUGUAAGCCUCACCGUCUCCCGUCUCCGAGCUUCUGCCCUGGGGAUAUUUAAGUUCUCAGAGAACUAUUGUCUGUCUGUGCCUCUGCUCUUUGUGGUUCUGUAGUCUCCCGCCUGCUGGCCACCUUAGCAAGGUGGCUCUACCUCCCUGAGGCCGGAGUGGUUUCUGACUGGUGGUCACCACCAGAGGGCACCCCAGCCUCUGCUGCAUUUGGGUUGUCUGAAGGCGUUUUUGACACCUGAAAGUUUGCUUCCUGACCUCCACCCCUUCCCGAAUUCUUGCAGAGAAUACUCAGGGAGUGGGACCAAGAUCUUCAGCACUGGCUGGGACUUAAGCCAUCAUGGAGGUCACCCCCUCCUGGCCAGAGGUGCUGGAAUGUGGGGGGAAGAGUAUGAGCAGGCUCAGGCAGGUGUGCUGGUCACUUGGUGUAGAUUGUGUCAUUGUGGGGAGGGUUACACGCCAACAGGUUUGGUGGAAUGUUCUGCCCCUUCUCCCACACAUGGGCCUCAGGUGCCCUUAACUACUUGCCUACAGAUCCCUUUUCACCAGAGCUCACAGCUGGUGUCCAGUCAUGCUUUGGUGCUCAAAGGGGAUCACAUUUUUAUAAUGAGUUACAUUUUUUAAAUAUCAACUCCUACCCCAGUAUAAUGCCACAUAAAAAUCCAGAUUUCUACUUUCUCUAGAAAGAUCUGUUGACAUUCCCACUGGGCAGCCUCAGCUGGGCUGAGCUGCCUGCCUGCCUGGAGUCGGGUGCGUGUUUUGCUACAGGCACCACCACCCCCUUUUAUACCUUCCCAGCUUCACUCCUUUGGGUCUUCUACAUGGCUCUUUAGGCAUUUGGGUUUGCCCUAGACCAGGAGUCAACAAACUUACUCUGUAAAGGGCCAGGUGGUAAAUAUUUUAGGUUUUGAGGGUCAGAUGGGUUCUGUCACAACUAUUCCAGUCUGCAGUUGUAGGGCAAAAGCAAAUGCAUGAAUGAAUGGGCAUGGCUGUGUCCCAGUAAAACUUCAUUUACAAAAACAGGCAGUGGCCAGAUUUGGCCCACAAACUGUAGUUUGCUGACCUCUGCAUCCUAGAUCAUCAUUUGUCCAUGAGGCCUUGGACCAAAUGCUCUGUUGACUCCCCAGGACAUGGCAGGGUCUUAGGGAGCCCUGAUGCAGUGGUGUGGAUUUCAGAAGCCUUGUUCCCUAGCAGUGGACUUCACAGAGGCUCAGGCUUAGUGUGGCCGCAGCACUGGGUAAGGGGGCUGAGGCAGGAGAUACCGGGCAGGACAGGAGCCACUUGAAGCCAUUAUCCCAUUUUUAGGUAAAGCUGACUCCUAGGCUUACUUAGGAACCAAGCAGCUCCCAAUCUCUUGGGUAUUCGAGUCAUCUGGGGCACUUGUUUAAAAACUUGUGGACCCCCAACUCUAGGCAUUUCAGAAAGAGGUUCAUAAAUCUGCAACUGGGGAUUGAUCGGGUUUGUUCUAGCAGGAGGCCAGGGUGGUCUCAGCUCCAGAAUUCCUCAUCUUGGUGAAGUGGAGGCUGAACUGGGCAGAUGGAGGCUGAUGGCUAUUUAGAUGAGCCAAUGAUGUCCUUUUGCAGAUAGGGAAACAGUGUAAAGAUAGAGCUGGUUUGCCCAUGAUCACUCAGAGCUGAUACCCCUUUUCACCUUGAGUUCCUGGCAGUAGGGCCUUGCAGGUGAGGAGACCCCCAAGCAGGGGUUGGGAUGGGUGGUCCUGGGUAUACUUUUCACAUUUUGAGAGUUUCUUCUCCCCUUUGGUCACAUGCAUCCAGCUCUGGAAAGAUGGCAACCAAGCUCAAGGUUGACCCUGAAGUCUUCUGUGUGUGGCAGAGUCAGGGUGGUGGGGGCUGGCCCUGGCCCUCAUGUCCGGGGCUGUUGCCUGUGUUCUUCUGAUAGGCCUGGGUCCCGUUGUGACUGACCCCAGAGUUCCUGGGGUAAGGAAGAAGCUGGAGGAUGCAGCCUCGCCUAUCUUGGGAGCCCAGGGAGGGUGAUGUGGGAGCAGCAGGCUUGGGGGGCCAAAUCUACAUUGACCCACGUACCAGAUGGAGUUCUUCAUUUCAAGUGUAGGCUUUGAGGAGCCACAGGAUGUGCAAAGAAGGUCGUACAUGUCUGGUGGAGAUUGUGGAGAGGGCAUGCCUGAGUCCUGGGACCAGUGCUGGUUUCAGGUUACAGAGGGACUGAGUCCAGACCCCCUCACCCCCCACCACACAAGCCACAACUCCAGUGAUAUAUCAGAGGCAAGUUCAUGGUUGGAGCCCCAGCCGGGAAAGGAGAGAGUUCCAGAAUGUUCUUAAGAGUCUAGCCAUAGGCUCCAGCCACCAGGCACUGGAGAGACCAACUCCAAGUGCCCUGGGGAGCAGUCUGGGCCUGGGGACCUGGGCCCUGUCAGUCUUGCUGGGAGGGUUGUGUGCCCUGCCCAAAGGGUCAGAGCAGCAGGCACAGCCGGUGGUGUUUCUGCCGCUGCGUUUUCUUCAGAGCGCUGAGGGCAACCUUGGCAGCCUCUCGGAAGAUGUCCUCUACAUUCUCCCGAAACUUGGCAGAACAUUCCAGGUAGAGGGCAGCUCGGAUCUGUUCGCAGGCACUCUGACCCUGGGUGGGGGGAGGGGCUGGCAUUAGAUGAGGGGCCUGGAGUUUGGGGCGCUUCCUGACGCCCCCUGGCGGAUUUAGGGGCUCAGGCUGAGCUGUGAGGCCUCUCUCCAUAUCCCAGGCCAGCCCCCACCUGUGUGGCCUGAGGCAGGAGGGCCUGUCUGCUGGGGCCCAUGGGCUGCAGCUCCUGUGGGAAGCUCCCGCCCCAGCCUCCCCGCUAACCCCCAGCCUCAGCAGGGAGGCUGAAUCCGGAUAUCUGGGCUGAUUUGUUGUGGAUGCCAGGGCCUCAAGGCAAAAGGGCUUCCUACAGGCCUCUCCCGUAUCGUCUCAAAAGCACAAUUUAAGCAACUGAGUUUGCUGUUAGAGUAAAAUAUACCUUUAUUUCUAAAACUUACUAAUGCUUAUUCCUUUUGAUUAAACUUUAUUAGUUUUC